AUGUCACGUUCACCCCCACCACCAGCUCAACAACCCUCACCCUCGAAUUUACAUGCGCCGCCAUUUCCUCAACCUGCGACCUAUCCUGAUCAGAGGGAACCCUCACCCAGACAUCCCCACGCCGAGCAAUUCAUCAAUGCGGCGACUAAACAUGUUUUCCCCACUCAUCCCGCACCAGGAAAAGAGCAAGAGAGGGAGGAUGAGCAAGCAUUGGAGAAUGCAAAGGGAUUGGAUCAGCCGAAGGAGGAGAAGGAGGAAAGACCGAUAAUAAGUGGUACACCACUAGAUGAAUUGCCUUAUACACCUGCGUUUGAAAUUCCCUCGGUCAGAUUCGAACCUGCCCAAGAACAGAAAGAAGAGGAAGAAACGAUAACGGAAGAACAAAGAUUGGAAGAAGAAGAAAGACAAAGUGGAGAUAUAAUACAUCCCAUUCCUCACACCCAUUCAAGAGGCCAUGUUUCUUUGUCUAGCUCCAGGACGACCUCAGCCUCGGUAUCACCGGAUGACCGUGAAAUCGAUGAGGAUGAUGAGUACGGUGACCGGAUGACCCAGAGUAGACCUGGUUUUGGUGCAGGUAAAGAUAUAGGAUCGGUUCGAAUGGGUGCUUCAGCACUCGUAUCCGCUCUGAACGCUCUUCCUUGGGAUGAUGAAGAUUCCAACAGGAUAGACCGAAAUUCAACCGACUAG